GAUGGAUGGGAUGGAUGGGAUGGAUGGGAUGGAGGGUGUCUGAUCUGUGCUUGACCCAGCCCUGGCCUGCUAUGCUUCUGCCUCGCUGUCGUCUUCCACCAACACUCACGCUGUCUCCGGGCUGUCAUCACCGUCACCGUCAUCGUCAUCAUCAUCAUCAUCAUCAUCAUCUCCAGUCCCGUGUCCGCCAGCGCCUGCGGGCCUCGUCCCUUCCCGAGCCUGCUCUGGGCGAAUGAGCGCGUGUCCCAGCUGGUUGGACGGGGAAGGCCCCAACGGAUCCAAUCACACGGUGCUGCCGAAUAUUGAAGCUAUUCUGACCCGGCAGCCAGCGCCUGUCACGGUACCCUCCAUGUUCAUGUUGUCGGCCCUGCAGACCCGAUUAUUCAUCGCCAGGCAGCCCGUCUUUUUGUUCUAUCUUGCGCUUCCUUGUCAUUUGAUUUUUGUCUUAUCUUGUCUGCCUGCGUUUUGUGCUUACGCUACUGAGCCAUCCCUCGAUCUCGCCAUCCACAGUCUUAGCAGCGCCAUCGUUCGUGGUCCGUGUCAAAUCGGUGGUUGCUUUUCUUGCUCGGCA